AUGUACACUAGAUUUCUUCCAUUUAUCAUCUGUUAUCCUAUCAUUCUGUAUUCGCCCAUUGCACAGGUUGAUACGUACGAGUGGUUUAGCAUAUCCGACAGCUGCGGUCCCGACAGACCCAUCUGCAGGAAACUGGACUUCAGAGAGCAACCGGAUCUUCCUGAUCCCGAUCUCCCCGGGGUUGGUCGAAUCCAACUGGAUACACUGGCACAGUCCAUCGUGAAACAGUUCCGUCUAAAGAACGCAAACUACAAGUACAACGUCAUGAUGCUCCCGCAUGGUGGCGACUUCCAGUAUGACACGGAGCAUGAAUGGGUGAAGCAGUACCGGAACUUGAAGAUAUUCAUGAAAUACGUCAACGAGCACAAGGAAUUUAACGUACAGAUGCGGUUUGGUACGCUGAAAGAUUUCUUUCUGGAAGUCGAUCGGCAUACCGAAAAAUAUGGCCUUAACUACCCGGUGGUUUCCGGAGACUUCUACUCGUACACGGAAAACAAUGAAUACUGGACCGGGUACUUCACCACGCGCCAGUUCGACAAGCGUCUGGGCAGAGAGGUUCUUGAGAGUCUCCGGAGCGCCGAGCUUUUCGCCGCCAUCGCCAUCAGCGGUCACGUUGAUGGUGCCGUUAGGCAGCAGAUUUUGAGGGAUCUUAUGCUCGCGCGAAAAAAUCUCGGCAUUUUUCAGCACCACGAUGCCAUUACAGGAACGUCUAAAGAGUACGUGGUACGCGACUAUGAACUCUUGCUGACAGCAGCGUUUACGUCAUCGCAGCGCGUGCUUGCUACCGCUGUGCAGCUGCUGCUGAGUGGUGAUAGCUCCAAAUCAAAAGAAGCCAAACUCGUUCCGCUGUUAGCGAGGCCUACUGAGAAUCAGCCUACAAGACACGUUUUAUUGCCGAUGUAUCAAGACGGGACCCAGCUACUACUCGUAAACUCAUUGACGCAGUCUAGACGCGAGCUGGUCAGUCUGCUGGUUCCUGUACCCAAUAUAACAAUCAUUGACUACGAUAACAAUGAUGUCAAGUUUGACAUUCAUCAGAUAGAAAGCAGGGCAUUCAGAAUAAACUUCGUUGUGGAUUUUCCACCGGUAGGAGUAGUUAUUUUAAAGGUAAAGCAAAGCAACAAGAGACCAGACAAAAUAGAAAACGGUGUGAAAGUAGGAGUUGUAGAGUAUUCGAAACGAAACAAUAUAAUAUCGCACGACACAGAUAACCGACGGAUGGCAUGUGAAAACUCGCUCAUGAACGUGACAUUCUCAUUAGUAACUGGGACGCCAGAGCGACUGUGCUACCACGGGACGCAGUUUUGCGCACGCAUGGAGAUCGAUUGGCGCUGGUUCCAGGAUUCUGGUGGUGCGUACGCUUCAAUCACCAACGGGAACAAUGAUCCGGUAACCACUCAUGACAUGAAGGACACUAAUCUGUUUUGUAACACCUUAACUAGUAAGAUACUGUCCAUAGCGGAAUGUAGCAUCUCCUCCGGCAAGGUUAAGGCCAGAAUUAGGGUCCCGUGGUGGAAUGAGGCGUGCUCCAAGGCGUCUGGCUUUGGGAAGGGGCGAUCCACUCUAGAUCAGCUAGCUAGAUAA